CUCGUCAUUUUGUUCCCUCCAACACCGAUAAUCUACGAGGUCAUAGCAAGAACGUUCAGAAGCCGCGAUGUAUUACACUUAAAGUGAGGUCCAACUCUUCCCAUUGAGUGGUCUAUGAUUGGAACGCGCUGUCCGAACAGGUGGUAUCAACCCCAUCAGUAGACAUUUCCGAGGAGGAGCUAGACCUUUACUGGGAGGCAAACUGUCAGAAUUACCACAGACCCACUAACCUACUAUCCUUAUUAUUGUAGACUGUAACAAUCAUUACUUAAGACUGUCUACUGGUUCCAUCCCUUCUACAUUACACUUUCCAUUCCGGGCGGGCAGGUUAAACAUCACGUGUAGCGCACCAACCAGAUCCCGUUAUAGCUCCCACAUUUUCAGCCAUGAACCUGUUAAAAUUCAGCAGAAUCGUCUCUCACUGUUCGUUUUAUAAUGGCUUUUCAAAACCAUAUACGCAAAUGGCAACAAAUUUGGGGGCAGAUAAAGAUUUAGUCCCUCCUUCUUUAAGCGCUGAUAAUAAAGAGUAUCCGAAACACAUACAUGAGAUUGUAAAUCGCAUCAGUUCCCUAACAUUAUUAGAGGUCGCAGACUUGUCAGAAUUGCUACAAAAAAAGUUAAACAUCAAGAAUACGGGACCCGUGAUGCCUAUGAUGGGUCAAGCGCCAGUAAAUCAACCUGUUGAAGAGCCUGAAGAACAGCAAGCGCCUACGAAAACAGCGUUUUCUGUCAAGCUAGUAAAAUUCGAUGCCGCGAAGAAAAUCCAGCUUAUUAAAGAGAUCAAACAAGUUAUUCCAGAGAUGAAUCUCGUACAAGCUAAAAAGUUUGUAGAAAGUGCGCCUGCCAAUAUAAAGACUGACGUGAGCAAGGACGAAGCUGAACAAAUAAAGAAAGUAUUAGAAGAGGUUGGAGCGUCUAUUGCAAUUGAAUGAACAUUAUUGUAUACACAGGCAUAGAAAAUAGAUAUUUUCCAAAUUG